GGUUUUACGCUAGUGUUUGUUAGCUGUCAUUAGCGGAUGUUACUAGCCGCCUCCACUUUUCACCUACAGUCACAUCUGCAUUGAGGUGCAGCUACGACAGACAGACGAGUGUUAACCCAGAGUGAGGUGGAGGUGUGUUCGGCUCAGUCCAGGACAGUAUCCUUUGGAUCUCUGGAGGCAUGUCCAAGAAAAGGGGCAGAAAGCGAAGCAGCGGGGAACUGAGUGACACACUAAGCCCAGACCCUAAUAGCAUCCUGGGAGUUCGUAUUCAGCAUAACUGGCGUGAGAAGGGAAAUCAGAGCAAAUGGAAGGGAACAGUGCUCGACAGGCUAAGUGUAAAUCCUUCUCUCUUCAUGGUGAAGUACGACGGCUUUGACUGUGUCUACGGCAUCGAGCUGUUCAAGGAUGAGAGAGUGUCUAACUUGCAAGUCCUGACAGAAAAAGUUGCAAACAACAAAAUCAAGAUACCAACAGGGGCUGAGGACCUGGUGGGCAAAGCUGUGGAGCAUCUGUUCGAAAAGGAGGAUGGAGAGAAGAAUGAAUGGAGAGGCAUGGUUCUCUCCAGAGCUCCCAUCAUGACCAAUUGGUAUUAUAUAACAUAUGAAAAGGACCCUGUUCUUUAUAUGUACCAGCUGUGGGAUGACUAUGCUGAUGGCGACCUCAGGAUUCUGCCUGAAGCAGAAAACAAGCACCUGUUGCCUGCGGACAGGAAGCCAGGAGAAGAGACGGAGAGUCUGGUGGGGAAACAAGUGGAGUAUGUAACAGACAAGGGUGUGAAGAGAACUGGCCUGGUCAUCUACCAGGUCCCAGCCAAACCCUCUGUCUACUAUAUCAAAUAUGAUGAUGACUUUCAUAUCCAUGUGUAUGACCUGGUCAAAACCACCUAGAGCAAGUGGACACUCUCCUGUCUCCCCCUUCUCUCACUUGUGUUCCACUCAUUGUUACAAACUGUUCUUCGAAGCCAUGGAUGGCAGAGUUGAUGAGUUAAUAGGCUUUACUGUUCAGAAGUGCAAUCUUUUUCUUCUGUGUGUGUAUAGCAGAACUGUAGCACUGCUAUGCUCUGCUAUUGUGACUGUUUUAUUUUUGCUGCUUUACUUUUUAAUGUCCCAUAUAAUUUUACAUUUAGACAGUCCCAGAUUUAACUGCCCAGCAGCUGCAAAGUGCAACUGAUACUACACUUGUCUGUAAAGUACUCACUGAUCUGUCCUCAUAGUAAUUAUGUAAUUACUAAAAAGCUGCUUAAAAAAUUAAUUUCUUUGGUUAAAUGUAAAAGCUUCUGCAUAGAUGCCUUACAUGGAGAAAUUCAUUUAAUGUAACGGUAGCUACUUAUAUUGUAUUUAUACUAUAUCUAAAAAUAUCAAAUUAGUCAGUGCUAGUACUGGAAGGGGUUGAUAAAAAGCAGCCUUCUAAAGUCACCUUUACAAAGCCCUUAUAAUUCUUGAAACAAUAGAGAAUAAUUAUUCUCAUGUGGUUAUAUACCACUGCACUUCUGAACCAAACUUUCACUGCAGUAUCCAUGACUGUAAAUUAGCCACAUUUUCAUGCUGGGCAUAUCCCCCUGUUUUGACUCGAGGGAAGGUUUCUGCACAAGUUCCAAGUCAGAUUAAAACAGCACAAGGAACAUAAGAUUCUUUGUUCUGCUAAACAAGAUGCUAAAUUCCCAUUUAUCCAAGACAAAUCAUCAAGUGCCUUCUGGCUUGUCAUUUUGCAAUAUUGUACAUACUGUAUCUUUGUCUCUUAAUGGCUUUUAGUGAACCUUAAUAUGUGAAGGCUACUCUUGGGUUUUCAUUCAGAAGUGGAGACACUGACAGCUUGAGAGAGGUUUUGCAACCAUUCAUUUAUAAUAGUGCUGUGUUUUGCUCUUAACACACUAUUAUUGUCCUUUAAAUUUGACAAAAAUCAUCAUUGGUUUUAUAAUUAUACUGCUGAUUUUGUGGGGAGCACUUUAACUGUAAAGUUUACAUUACAAAGUUUAGGUUCUGCUGUUUCCUCAAAGUGCAUCAGAUUAAUGCUUGAUAUCACAUGGAUUAAGAAAAGAGGGGGAAACAAAAUCACUACAAGCAGAUCACAAUAUUUAGCUUGUGUAAAAUGCCUUGUUAUGUUGCCUGUUGUGAUCAUUUAAUACCACAAACAUCUCAUCAACACACUACCAGUUUCAAGUGAAGAUUCAAGUGUGCAUAAAUUAUAAAAGGUUAAAUCAACUGGCAUAACACUUAAACAACUACAUGUGGUUGCUGCCUGCUGUAACUGUCUCACAUUUUUGCAAACAUGACAUAUACGCUUGCAAUAUGGAGUUCAUCCUCACUUGUGUCAGUACGUCAUUCUCAGCCUUCUCCAAGUCAUUUGGUGUGAAGUAGUAAAUCAGUAGGUGUACUGUUAUUGUUAUUUUUAGCUGUGAAAUCUCUGCAUGCACCAUCUGAGCAGAGUGCCUGAAGAUUUUCAAACUUUGACAGUGGAGAAGUGACAGUGUGUGGCAGCAUUAGUAGUUUGUUUAAACAAAAUUAAAAUAUAAAUCAAAGAAAAAAAUAAGCCAACACCGUACCUCUCCAUAAGUGGGGCUGUGAAGUGUUCUUUUGUUGAGUGGAAAUACAAGUAAGUGUACACUCUCCACUCUUUUUUCCCCCCUGGUCUGCAGCUGUAGCACCAUCAACAGGUAAUUUGUGUCAUUAUUAUUCUGUCAUGAGUAAUAAAGAUUUUUGCACAUUU